AUGUUUAGAGAUUCUUAUCCCCAAAAUCCUCUUACAUGUUUACAAUCGUUAAUUGGGAAACCUGACCAAGAAAUAUCGAUUCGUCGAAAACUAGACAUGGCUUGUAACAUCGCUAGUGGAAUGAGAAAAAUUCAUGAACAUAAUAUGAUACACCGAGACAUACGACCGGAUAAUAUUCUGGUUAACAAUAAGUUCAUAGCAAAAAUUGGUGAUAUGGGAAUUGCGAGAACAGUCGAUCAAAAUAAUCAGCAUACACAAAUUGGUUGUCAGUCAUUUAUGUCUUUAGAAUUCUAUAAGGGUAAAGGAAAUAAAGCCGUUUAUGAUCAAAAACUAGACAUACACACGUUUGGAUUGACACUGAAUGCCUUACUCACCGAUACAAAACAUGGUUUUCACCCUCUCACCAGACAAAAACUUUUGAUCAAACAAAGUCCAGUAUUCUGGGAUCUCAUAAGUCGCUGUACUGACGACGAUCCAGAGCAUCGACCAACAGCAUUUGAGAUAGAAAAAACAUUAGAACUGUACAAUGUCGCUUUCAAACAACUAGUUCUUCAAAAGGAAUCGACCUAUGUUAACUUGUCAUUUGAGGACAAAAACCGACGAUUCGUUGAAUUUUAUGAAUUUUUCAAUCCGAAAGCCACUAAAUAUCUUGAAAAGAAAUUUCCAAGAGUGAUUCGGGACAAUAACGACACCAAUAAAUUUACUUUGAUUAAUACCGAUCCUGAUAAAAAAGUCGAUAUUUGUUUUGUACAAUAA